AUGCUGCUCCCACGAAUAUUUGCGCCUGUCCGCGCAUCGUUAGCGACAUCGACGACGUUCAUCGCCCCAUCUACCCGUGUUCUCGAUGCCCUCCGCGUAGCCAAUGGCACCUCGGCCCCUACCCCGGUCCUCUCCUUCGUAAGACAUUCAGCGCAUCAGGCCCAAGGACGAGCCAACGGAGCAAAAGAUGGGCCUGGAAAACGGUUAGGAGCCAAGAAGAGUGGAGGAGAGUAUGUUAUCCCAGGAAACAUCAUCUUCCGCCAACGAGGCACAGCGUGGUUUCCCGGCGAGAACUGCAAAUUCGGUCGCGAUCACUGCAUCUUUGCUACAGAGUCUGGUUAUGUCCGGUACUACCGUGACCCAAGGAAACACCCAAAGAGACAGUACAUUGGUGUCGCCCUUGAGAAAGACCACACCCUUCCAUAUCCACCAAACGCGGCAAGGCGGAGACGACUAAACAUGCUCGCUGUUCCCAUCACAUCACCCACAAACCCCUCUGCUGAUGCAGUCGUUGUAACCGAUCUACAAGUUGGCGACGGCACAGGCAGCCCAAGCAGCGUCCGCGAUACCCCGCGCGAAGCGACAAGGAAGGGAUUGACCUUAACCAAGGGCAAGGGAUACGCAUACCGCGAGGCCAACUGGCAGAUUGGACGUGCGGCAGAGAGAGCGGGUGUACAGGUCAAGGAGUUUGUGCCUGGCGACCGAUGGACAGCGUGGCGGAAGAGGAGUACAAGGAUCAAGGCUAACAUGGAGAGGAAGAGACUCAGGAAUGCGGGCAAGAAGACUAGCAAGCCCAAGGCGAGGAAGGCGAGAGCGUAG